AACGCUGCGUUUUAAAAGCGUUCCGAAUCGUUGUAUGCCUCCUAAAUGAGCAUUCACCACCAUCUUCGGUUUGGGUUUUGAAACAUUGAAUUGAAGCGUGGCUUCUGAGGAGGAUCUAUCUAUCUAUCUAAUCUAGACACCACCACCAAGAAAUUUCUGCUCUAGAUCUCCCUUUUCUGUCUCCGGCGUUCGUUUCCGUUUCAUGUAUUUGCUUGCCCCCAAUCGUCUCCCUCAGUCUGUGCUCUCUGGUGUCUAGGAUUUCGAGCUCACUCUCCUAGAAAACCCUAAAAAAUUGAGGCUGUUACUUCCCCGUGGAGACUUGAUUGAUUAUUACUUAAAGGUGAAAGUUUUGUUAGUGCUGGGAGUCUUUAUAGGUGGGAUUGAGGAGAUUAAAUAUGGAUGGGAAGGGGAAGAAAUGUGGUUCCAAGAGUGGAUCUAAGGUUUUUGAGUUCGAAGAUGAUGGUGAUGAUGAUGAGCCUAUCAGAUCUCUCUUAAAGGUUAUGAAGCACAAAACCGCCGCUAAGAGUAGAGUUGAGACAGAGAGUAAACAGAGGAAGAAAGAGACUGUUGAGAAGAAACUGAGUCAUGUACGCAAGGAUUCUGAGGAUAUGGAUGAUACCUUGGCCUGUUUUAGGAAGAGGUUGAAGGGUCGCAAGAAAAGGGUUAGGAAUGACAAGGCUGUGACAGAUUCUAGUUUGGUCCCUAGUGAGGAAUGCCCUGAUAUGGCUGACGAUGGAUCUGAGCUUGGUAGGGAAGGUACUGUGAACAAAAAGAGCUUGGAUGAUAUCUAUAAAACCAAGGUUAAGUCCAGUACAAGAUCAGUGGCACUAUGCAGCGAGAAGGAUCAAUUUCCAGAUGAUAAAUCCAAGAGACCACUCCCAAAUGUCAAUGUCGAUGUUAAUCCUCCUCCUACUGCUAGAAAAGAAAUGUCAGUUCUUUCUCCUGAUCAGCACAUACACCCGGGAGAGCCAGGAUCAGAGUCUUCUCAACGUGAUACUUCUAACGGAGGUGGUAUCCAAGUUGAUACUCUCAAAGAUGGAACUGCUGAAGCUUCCCCGGUUUCAGUUACUCCCUCUGAAGAUGAAGAUUUCCGAGGUGAUGCAGUUUCAUUACCUAAUUCUGGGAAGCUGUCCACCUUGCAACGUCCAGAGCGCAUUGCUAGAAAGCGUAAGCAUGAAAACAUGGUGUAUGGAGGAGAUAUAAAUUGGGAGAAUGAGCAAGGCUUUCUGGAUUGUCAAAGUGACAAGUCCUUUAAAGGAAGCGACAAGUGUGAUUUCGUUCCAUUUAUUCCCAAGGAAAUUGAGAUUGGUAGAGCAGCUGCGGUGGCAGCUGGGCUUAAAGCCCAGUCGGUUAGUCCAGUGGAGAAGACUAUACUUAAAGAGGUGUUGAAGCGCAAAGGGAGCCAUCAGGAGUACCUACGUUGCAGGAAUUCUAUCUUAGGUCUGUGGAGUAAAAAUGUCAGCCGAAUUUUACCUGUCACCGAGUGUGUUGUUGGCCUUUCUGAGAGUGAAUUUUCUUCAGCUUGCCUUAUCAGAGAAGUCUAUAAGUUUCUUGAUCAGAGAGGAUAUAUAAAUACUGGGGUGUCAUCCGUGAGGGGAAAAGGGGGUCCUUCGACUAAUCAUAAUGAUGAUCUUUCUCAGGGAAAAAAGCUCGAAGAAAAUUCUAUGGCUUCUGUUCCAAAUUCUGAAGGAGAUACUUUUAUCUUUGGUGAGGUCAAAGCCGUUGAAUCGACUAGCGAGGGUAAGAAAUGUGCUCUCCAAAAUGAUGAAACAGAAACUGUAGGAUGUGCGACCUCAGCAAUGUUGGGAUCUACCAGCAGAACAUGCGAGGCAAGCAUUAUUGACGACUGCAGCAAUGCUUUACCAGCAGAUGCUAAUGCACCCAAAGUUGAAAAGUGUCCGGAAACAAUUUCAGUACUGAAGACCGCUUUGUCUAGCACACCAUCCUCUGCAAAUUGUAAUCAAAUGCGAGAAAGAGACUGUGUUCAGUGUGAGGUUGAAGAUGAGAAAAAAGUAAUAGUUAUUGGAGCCGGUCCUGCUGGAUUAACAGCAGCACGUCAUUUACAACGCCAAGGUUUUUCUGUCACAGUUCUUGAGGCAAGAAAUAGAGUAGGUGGUCGUGUAUUUACAGACCUGUCCUCUCUUUCAGUUCCUGUGGAUCUGGGGGCCAGCAUAAUUACAGGAAUUGAGGCUGAUGUGCCAUCUGAAAGAAUGCCAGAUCCAUCGGCUUUGGUCUGUAACCAGUUAGGUCUUGAUUUGAGUGUGUUGCAUGGAUUCUGUCCUCUUUAUGAUACUGUAACAGGGGCAAAGGUUCCUCCAGAACUAGAUGAUGCUCUACAAGCAGAGUUCAACAGUCUGAUUGAUGAUAUGGAUUUGCUUGUUGAGGAAAUAGGCAAGGAUAGAGCAAAUAAAAUGUCGCUCGAGGAUGGUCUAGAAUAUGGCCUCCAGCGGCUGAGGAUGCCACAUGAGAAGGUGAACAUUGAAAGAUUCGGGAUUGGCAAUUCAACUAAUGGUUCAUUCUCAAGAACAGGCAUCACUAGUACCUUUAUGCAUGAUAGAAGGUUAAAAGAUGAUUUUUUGAAUCCUUUGGAGCGAAGAGUUAUGAAUUGGCAUUUUGCUCAUACAGAGUAUGGUUGUGCUGCUGUCCUCAAGGAAGUUUCGCUUUCUAACUGGAAUCAAGAUGAGUUUUAUGGCGGGUUUGGAGGGCCACAUGCUAUGAUUAAAGGUGGUUAUAGCAGAGUUACUGAGUCGCUUGCUGAAGGACUUGAUAUUCGCUUGAACAAUGUAGUUUCUGAGGUAUCUUAUGCCUCUGAUGUCUCCGCCAUGCAUAACAACAAGCACAAAGUCAGAGUUAGUACAUCAAAUGGUUGUGAGUAUCUUGGAGAUGCUGUUCUGGUUACUGUUCCUCUUGGGUGCUUGAAAGCAGAAACCAUUAAGUUUUCACCACCCUUGCCGGACUGGAAAUAUUCGUCAAUCAAACAACUUGGUUUUGGAGUUCUAAAUAAAGUUGUGUUGGAGUUCUCAAAGGUAUUUUGGGAUGAUAGCUUGGAUUAUUUUGGGGCAACUGCUGAGGAAACAGAUCAAAGAGGUGAAUGCUUUAUGUUUUGGAAUAUCAAAAAAACUGUUGGUGCUCCUGUUCUUAUAGCUUUGGUGGUUGGGAAGGCUGCGGUUGACUAUAAAGACAAGAGUAAGUCUGAGCAUGUGAAUCAUGCAAUGAUGGUUCUUCGGAAGCUUUUUGGUGGGGAUCUGGUGCCUGAUCCUGUUGCUUCGGUAGUUACUGACUGGGGCGCUGAUCCUUACAGUUAUGGUGCGUACUCAUAUGUUGCUAUUGGUGCCUCUGGUGAAGAUUAUGAUGUACUGGGAAGGCCUGUUCAGAAUUGUUUGUUCUUUGCUGGUGAGGCAACAUGCAAAGAGCAUCCUGACACUGUUGGUGGCGCGAUGAUGACCGGAGUUCGUGAAGCAGUGCGUAUAAUCGAUAUAUUAAGAAGUGGAAAUGAUUAUACAGCCGAAAUAGAAACACUAGAAAAGGCGCAGAGGAAAUCUGUAUCUGUAAGGGAUGAAGUCAGCGACCUAAUAAAGAGACUUGAAGUUGUUGAGCUGUCUAAUGUGUUGGCCAGACACUCAUUGCUUCGGAACAUGUUUUUCUCUGCUAAAACAACUGUUGGGCGUUUGCAUCUAGCCAAGGAGUUGCUUAACCUACCUGGUGAAACCUUGAAAUCCUUUGCAGGUACAAAAGAAGGGCUUACAGUGCUGAACUCUUGGAUCCUGGAUUCGAUGGGGAAGAAUGGAACCCAGCUUUUACGUCAUUGCGUACAUAUUCUUGUUCGAGUUACGAGUGAUCUCUUUGCCGUGAGGCUCUCAGGCAUUGGAAAGACUGUGAAAGAAAAGGUUUGUGCACACACGAGCCGUGAUAUCCGUGCCAUUGCAAGCCAGCUUGUUAAUGUGUGGUUGGAACUUUACCGGAAAGAAAAAGCUAAUAGGGAAAUGAAAUCAUUGAGAAGAACAAAUCCUACAAAUAUCUCUAGAAUAAGAAGAAAACAGAAUAGUGAGGAUGCAGACAGUAGGGGGAAUCUGAGCAAUGGUAACGAUAUGACAACAGAUGGAGAGAUUGAGGACAACCAGCUACCUAUGUCAGAGGAAGAAAAAGCUGUGUUUGCUACAGCUGAGGCUGCUCGUGUAGCAGCUGAAGCAGCUGCAAAGGCAUUUUCUGAGGCCUAUCAAAGUACUUCAUUGCAGCUUCCUAAGAUUCCCUCGUUUCAUAAAUUUGCGAGGCGAGAACAGUACGCAAAAAUGGACGAAUCUGAUUUCAAGAAAAAGUUUCCAGGCAACGUCUUAGGAAGACAAGAUUGUAUGUCAGAGAUAGACUCUAGGAACUGCAAAGUUCGGGACUGGUAUGAUUUCCCUGCCUCCUGUCUUGACCCUGACAGUUCAAGGGUUCAGGUCGAUAACUGUUCACAGCGUAGCCACUCGAAUGAGCUUGGGUCUCAUUCAAAGUUCAGAGAAUGUUCUAGAGAAAGUGGGGCUGCGGAAACCAGUGUUUUUACCGGGGCGUGGGUUGAUACUGGCGGUAGUAGCGAUGGUGUCAAGGAUUACAAUGCUAUAGAUAGAUGGCAAUCUCAAGCUGCUGCUGCUGAUCCAGAAUUUUUCAGUCGUGCCUUGCAUAUGAAGGAUGAAGAAGGUUCGAUUGCAUGUUCGACGGGUCCUCCUAGUUGGAAGCAUGACCAACCCGCGAAUGAAGGUUCUAUGUCACAGGUUACAGUGAAUAAAGAGCCACGUAAAAGUCAUAUCAGGGGUGCAGAUCGUCUGAAACAGGGGGUUGUAGAUUUUGUUGCAUCAUUGCUUAUGACCCCAUAUAAAGCGAAGAAAAUUGAUAGAGAUGUAUACAAGUCAAUAAUGAAGAAGACAGCAACAAAGGUAAUGCAGCAAACAACAGACGCGGAGAAAGCCAUGGCUGUUCCCCAAUUCCUUGACUCAAAGCGGAAAAACAAGAUUCGUGACUUUGUGGACAAACAAGUUGACAAGUACAUUGCGAUGGCUAAAGUUGCAAAACCUUGAUGGCCAUUGUGAUCGAUAGUAAUGGCCAAUAGUACUUGAGUUGGUGGUAUCUGCUAAAGGAUGGCAAAGCCCCUUCGCAUAAAACGACAUAUCAUUGCUCAUUUAUCAAGAAGCUUUUUUCAAGCUUUUUUCAAAAGAAGCAGAUAAUCUCAGAUGAUAAAUGUUUUUCAACUCAUGCUGAUUGUUUUUAGUUUUGUAUAGAUUUAGUGUUAACCCCCAUUAGUCAAAUUUUUUGCUUCAGGUACCUGAAUACAUUUCUUGAAAUUCACAUAUCGUUUCCAGAACCCAAGAGAAAAGCGUUUCAUUGUUUUUAUUGAAUCAUAUAUCUUGAGUCAAAGAUACCAGUGUGAUAUUAUGUUCUGGUUUGCUUAUACUAGCAGCAGCCGUACUGUGGUGAGCUCUUUCCCCUAUCUUUUUGAAGGAGAAAUCUGCGAUUCCACAGUUGCAGGUCUGUCACUCUCACGCUUGCAGGUAAAGUCGGACCUUUGGAUUACUUGAGCUUAAAAGCAGUUUAGGAUUGUGAUAUUCUUCUGGUGUCUCUAGACUUGCAAGCAGUUUGUGGAAGAGGAACGGCAUCGAGGCAGGUGAGGAAACAUAGACUCGGCUUUGACCCUUGGUGGUGAGUGAUGAAAAUCUUUUUCAGUCGAAGCUGUUUUAGAUUGGAUGGUUUGGUUCAAGAAGCACUCUGCUUGUUGAUGAGAGGGAGUUUAUUGUUACACGCACAGCUGAUUGCGUUGGCAGAUAAGAGGGGCGGUAAAGCAGAGCGAUCAUGUUUAUAGUCAGUUUUCAGAGUGGCAGUGUCUUUCACAACUUAACGUGACAAAGUAUGAUUUGUUUGAAUAAAAACCCUUUGCGUCCUUUGAUUAGAUCACAAAUUCCACUUGCGCUCUCCAUACCUGAGACAUAUUUUUAGCUACAUUAUUAUACUCCCUCUAGAUGUGCUCUUAUGAUGUUUCGAAUUAUUUAUUUGUGUUCCAUGAUCAUCUAUGUGAAACUACUUGAGUGGUGGAAAACACUACACACUAA